CAACGGAGGGACGCAGGGGGUGCUGCUGACUAGUCGAGCCUGCAGUGAGUGACGAGGACAACCCCGUGAGCGUGACGGAGGUGGUGGUCGCAGCGGAGAAGGGAUAAAGGGCCGAGGGGACGGUAACGCGGAGCGGCAGCGCCACCGACUAAACAGUCGCACCCCGUCGUCGCCGUCGUAUUCGAGGCCACCCCCUGUCACUGGCGAGAGCCGCGACAGGGAGCGACCGGAAGAGUAACGGACGGACGGGCGGACGGACGGACGGACAGACGGACGGACAAUCCUCAGUCAGUCAGUCAGUCAGUCAGUCAGUCAGUCAGUCAGUCAGUCAGUCGGUCCACUCGGCAAGUCUCGGGGCGCAAAAGAAGAGCCACCCCCUCCCUCCCCCCGGACACACACGCAUACAUACGGACAUAUAUACACGUGAACACAGUCACCCGAAUAUCUCAACACAUACACGUACAAACACCCUGACGCGCGCGUGUGCACACGUUACAUAGGCAUACUUAGCGAUCGUGGAAAGUAAGAGUCCCCUCGACGACCACCCUCUCGAGAGGACGCGGAAAACUAACCGCGAAGGACUCGCAAGGAUCGCGAGGAAAGCCGCCGCUGGCGAGCUGGCAUGGUGGCGGUGGUGCAUCCGUUUAAGGAGCCGCCCUCGCCGCGCCGAUGACGAGGCUGCAGAUCCCACACCAGCGCGUACCACGUAGGACGAAGGCGAAGGCGAAACCGGUGAGCGAGCGGCCUGCACUCAACCGAGGAAACGGUCUCGUCGUCCACCAGCGGUCCGACGGCGACGGGCCGCAGCCACAGACGGCCGGGCCGGGUGACGGACGGGCGCGACGUAGACGUCGACGUCGCGCAGACGACGACGACGACGACGACGACGACGACGACGUCGUAUCGCGGAGCAGAAGGCGGAGCAGGGAGCAGCGACGGCGGUGCCGUAGUCGCGACCGUCGAUCGUGACAACGACGACGACGACGACGUCGGUGGUGCGGUUGGUGCUGCGGUUGUUGGUGUUGAGCGUGUCGGUGUUGGUGUACCGCGUGGGUGUCCCGCUCCUCCGACGAGGUCCAAGUCGCCGUUUCCCCUAACCGGAACACGACGACGACGACCAUCGCCAUCGCCAGCUGCUCCUGGUGUCGGCGACCUUGGGACAACGAAUUCGCAUUGCCAUUAUGCCACGCUGCCUCAUGGCGAAAAAGUGGAAGUGGAAUCAGUGGCAGGCCCGCGUGGACGAUCAGCAGAACGAGCAGAAGGACGUGACGCCACUCGGUCCUGCCGCCCUGCAGCAGGAACAUCACGUUCUACAUCAGACCGCGGACGCGAUGGAGAAACGGCCGCACAGGCAUGAGCCCGAGGACGAGGAGAUCGACGUGGUCGGGGACGUCGAUAAUCAUCAGGUCGAACAUCAGCAGACCUGCUGGGGACCGCACAGUCCCACGGCGGGGGCUACGGCCCCCAGUCCGCCACCUCUCAACGCCUCCGGUGCUCUUUACUACCACGGAUCGAUAAAGAUCAGAGGCGAUAAACCGACAGGAAUGUGCGGAAUGUUCAUUCAAGGCUACACGCACGAAGCGUGGAUCAAUCACGAGGAGCCGCCCAAGUACGCGACGCUGCGCUCCGCGGCGGAGCUAGCGCGUCCGGUAGCACCGUCGCCGCCGCCUUUGGUCGCGCAGCACGAUCUACCGGUUGCGGUGCUGCCGCAAGCGCCGACGCAUCAGCCAACGAUCGCAGCACGAACCCGUCAUCGUCAUCCGUCGCCGCUAUGCCUGCCGCCGCGAAAGAGCCUCUCGAUGUCCUUCACCAGCACCGGCACGGCGCUCUCCUUACCGCCGAAGAAGAAGGACAUCUACCGUCCUUACCUGCAACCGAUCUCGGAGAUACGCACGUCCGCCGAGGAGGAUCUGUCGGCCGCUCAGGAUCUCGAUCUUAGCGCGUCGCCCGCCGCACCCACGCAUUCCGUUUUCAUUCACACCCUGUCGCCACCGCCGCCACCACCGCCGCCACCACCGCCACCCGCCGCUGCCGCUGUUGCUGUCGCCGUCGCUGUCGCUGCGGCGCCCACCGUGACCGCAUCGCAACAGCAGGAGCAACAGCAGGAGCAACAACAUCAGCAACAACUACAACAACCGGUGCCGACGACGGGUAUACAAUCUAUACCGGUCUCCGUGCUCGUGCCAGUUCCUAGCUCGCAGACCAAUCAGCUACGCCAACAAGAGCAAACGCCACCGCAGCCGCAGUCGCCCGCGACCGCGGAAGCCACCGGCGGAAACUGCAACGUCGGCAGGGACAGCACCACCACCAGCAGCAAGACUGUCGCCUACACCUACGAGGCCUUCUUCGUGUCCGACGGCCGAUCGAAACGACGCGGUGGCAGCGGCAACGGCGCGCCUAGCGCCAGCAACGCUGCCGUGCCCGACAAAGAGGCGGCUCAACCGGACAGGCCCAAGUUCACGUGUACCGAGUGCGGCAAGCAGUACGCCACGUCGUCGAACCUGUCGCGGCACAAGCAGACGCAUCGCAGCCUCGACUCCCAAUCGGCCAAGAAGUGCAUCCACUGCGGCAAGGCGUACGUCAGCAUGCCCGCCCUGGCGAUGCACGUGCUCACGCACAAGCUCGCCCACAGCUGCGGCGUCUGCGGCAAGAUGUUCUCGCGGCCCUGGCUACUGCAGGGCCACUUGCGUAGUCACACCGGCGAGAAGCCGUACGGAUGCGCCCACUGCGGCAAGGCGUUCGCCGAUCGCUCGAAUCUACGGGCGCACAUGCAGACGCACUCGGCCGACAAGAACUACGAGUGCUCGAGGUGCCACAAGACCUUCGCCCUCAAGUCCUAUUUGAACAAACACCUGGAGUCGGCGUGCCUGCGCGACGAGGAGAUGCAGCAGCAGCAGCAGCAGCAGCCGCAGCCACAGCCGCAGCAUGCCGGUAACAAUGCCACGCAGCAACAGAACACCAAUCGAGGCUUGUAGCAGCGCUUCGAGAAAGAGAACCACGACGCCACGAGGAUCGAAGGCUCGAGAGAGAGCUAGCGGUGUCCCAUGAUCGCCGUUUGAUCGCGAAGAGGCGCGAGGGUACGAAGAGCGGAGGAGAGGAUAUAAGGUUUGCCGUAGAUUUUAAGUAGAAAAGUGCCAGUAGAGACAGAAACGAGAGCUAGAGAGGAAGAGAGAGUGAGAGAGAGAGAGAGAGAGAGAGAGAACGAGCGAAAGAGAGAGAAAGAGAGAGAGAGAGAGCGAGAGUGAAGAGAAGAGAGAGAGAGCGAGUAGAGAUUUAGAUGGAAAGAAAGGGAGCAAGAGAGAGGGAGAGCGUGAGUUUACUAAUAAUGUCUAACAUUAAUAAAAACGUCCAGUAAUGUUAAGUCGUAAAAAGAAAAAAAAACACGUCGAACGAUGACGUCCACACUGCAGAGUCUAGUCACUCUAGUCGAUUAUAUAUACCUAUUACAUUAUAUGAUAUAUUAUUAUAUUAUUAUAUAUAGUAUAUAUAUAUUUACUAGCGCGUACGAUUCUAGUCCGCGAAGCUCGUUACGAAGACAUUAUUUAUUAAUACUUAGCUGCCUAAAUUAAAACGGGGAGUGAAGCAAGAGAUCCAGGAUUCGACAGAUCGAUGAUGGGAUCCGUAUAAUCGCGGUUCACGCGAGCCGUGCUCGUCGAAUCUCGAUCACUUCGCGCCUCGCGUUCGAUCGACGAUCGAGGCCGAUCAGACCGUAAAUGCCGAAAACGCGCAGGUGUCAUCGACGGUUCCCGUACAUUCGCGAUCAAUUAUUCAAAACCCCCCAAAAAAGCCAAUUUCCAUUUCGGAGGAUCGCAAACUGUAGAGAGGAUUUCUCGGAAUAACUGUUAAAUAAGCAAGUAGUUUUUAGAGAAACCACCGGGAUCGAUUAGGGACUAUCUGUUGCAGUUCGUCAAUAUUUUAAGUGCCGUCGACUUCAAACAACCAUUACUCGGGACAAGUCAAGUAUUUCCGAGUACCGGGAGCAUGAUUCCAAUAAUUGCGCCAUGGUUGAUGUAAAAAUGUUAAUGCGGCUGUUUGAAGACACUCGCGCUUAAAAUUACUCGGAGCAAAAAGAAGGUUAAUAGCCGUUCGCGGUAGACGUUCUUCUUAAUAUUUCAUCAUUGGGUCUGAGCCAUUGGGAUAGAAAAUGAUGAAAGCUAUAGCUAAUCGAUAUUUGCGGUAACCAACGACCUGCACUGCACGGUCGGAGUUAUGCCGUACGUGCCGCGUUAUUUUCGACAAACCAACGGGUAAUAUACGUUAGCGGAUUCUGAAAAAAAAAAAAAAAAAAUAUAUACGCGCUUUCACGGAAAUCUUUUAUCCUUCCUCAUUUUUCAUGUCACGAGCCGAAUCGUCGACGCACACCUGCGUAUUUCGCACGAUUAUGCGAUUUAUGCGCCACCAUGUGUAACCGGUAACACGCGUGGCACUUUCAGUCACGAAACGAGCGACUAUAUCGCGAUAUCGAAUCGGCGCGGCGGCGAAAAAGUGACGGCGCGAAAUGUCGCGGGGGGUAGUCGCUCGCGCGAAUCGACCGGUUGCGUUCGCGGGCGCGCAAAAAGCGAAACGCGUAAAAACGGUAUCGCAUAAACGGAGACUCACCACGUACACACCACGUACUUAGAGCAAAAUUCGAGUAAUAGAUGCGUAACAUUGUUAUACACAUAUUUUAUAGAAGCAAUAUAAGGGAAAAAAAAUAUGACGACACGUACGGUCAAAGCAAUGUUUCGACACAACGAAUUAUAUAAUUAUACAUAUAGAGGCGAACACAUCGAAGUUUAAUGAAGUCUCGAGCAAGAACCGACGAUAUAUGCUUAGGCAUGAUGGAGAACGAUCGCCCACAAUCCACACCCCCUGGUCUUUCUUUUGCGUUAAAAGUUCUCGAAACGUCAAAUCGGGAUUGAUCUCUUUUUCUAAUUUACAUUUUUUUUUUUUUUAAUCAUCACUUUUGAGUCAGUCGACGAUGCCUUUUAAAGCCUUAUAUUUUGCUACAAUGCGCAGUGUAUCUGUGUGUCCCUGUAUUACUCGCAGUGAUAAUACCAGAUUACCCCUAUUGAUAUCAAUUGAUAAUAUUAUAUCGGCAGAACUAAUAAAUUCUACGCAGCGCAUUCCACUAAUUGCAUAGGUCAUGCCGCGUUGAGCAUUUAAUCACGUUUACGCCAAAAAAAAAAAAAAUCAUUAAUCACGUUCGCGUGAUGAAUAUACAUCAGUAGCUGGUCUAUGUAUUGAAUUAUCAGAAUAAAUUUGCGGUGUACAUUCAUAAUUCAGUCAGCGUAUUAUGUUGUGCCAUGAUUGUGAAACCGUACGAAAGGCAAUUAUUAAUUUCUCCACGACAAUCAAUUGAUUUUUCCGUAUUUCAAAAUCGGGGUGAAAUCGAUAUCGUGUAUCGUUGCGCGCAUUUAAUCGCGAAAAUUUCAAAUAAUUUUAUACAAUUUUCGUCCAAUGAACAGGAAUAAAAUCGCGGUGAACGCGAUCGGAGGGGUGUGGACUAUACGCUUCACGUCGCCUAGCGGAAAAAAAAAAUAAUAAUUGAGCUAAUAACAAUUAUUACGGCCGAUGAGCAUGCGGGCGAUCUGCCUGAUCAUUCUCUCUAUUUUUUUUUCUUUUUUUUUUGCAACGAUCAUAUUAUCGAAGAACGAUAACGUAUUUUGCAUGUACAGUAUAGAGAAAGAACCUCGCCGCCAAAAGUUGCAGGGAGAACAGAACGAACAAUAUUUUUCGCAUAGCUCGUUCCGGACCGGAUCGAGCCUUACGAUCGGCCGACAAUGCUUUACGCGCAGUAGAGCUUCGUUCGAUUUUUCUUUUCCUCUUUUUUUUUUUAAAUUUUAUCUCGCGCGGCACUAGCCACUGAUAAAUACGCCACGCUGCUAUUAAUGCAUAUAUAUAAGCAUAUGAAUAUACGGCUAUAGAGCAAUAAACGAUUAAGCAAUACUAAUUUAUUCGCGUAGCGUACAACGAAAAUCCGCAAUAAUGCGCACCGCUCGCUCGACUUACCCGUAAGUCCCAACAUAUUUCCUUUGGCUGUUUCGUUGGUACGCCCUGGCGUACGUCACCGCUUAUUGUAUCGUUCGUUUGUGUCGUACUCUUCGUUCUGCGCUUAUUUCUUUGUAUAUAGUAGAAAUAUUGUUAUUUUCUCGAUACCCUAGUCAUGAUGUCAUAAUUAUUUGUUCCUGUAUUUAUUAUUGACGUGUUGUCAAGAUAUUGAAAAGCAUGUAAAACAAUAUGUUACGCCAGUGCGCAAUGUACACGACACCUUAUCGAUUUUAGACUAUUUUUAUGCAUUUUAUCACAGAUUUUCAUCUUGGAGCCAUUCUCUCUGUUCUUACAUUCCUCAUGUGUCACGCAUUAAUCUCUUGACAAGCCCGUCGUAUAUUAUUGUCAUUAUAGUAUUAAUAUUAUUAUUGUAUUUAUUAUUAUUUAUUAUUAUUAUCGGUAUUAGUAUAUUUAUUAUUAUUAUUAUUAUUAUUAUUACUAUUAUUAUUAUUAUUAUGCUAGUACAACGAUUCGAUACAACGAUUGAUAUUCAUGCGUUACGAGUAAAAAAAAACUAAAGCAUGUGCAAUUUCUCCAUUCUGAUUUGUAAAAGAAAAAGAAAAAAAGAAAAUGCCGCCAUUCCGUGCGACAAGCUACUUUAUUUAAAAUAAUCUCGCGGGAAAUAGUUAUUAGUCAAUACACUUAAACUUCCGGAUCGUGGUAAUAUAUAUGCAUAAUAUACAUUUAUAUAUUAUACGUACACGUAAACAGAACGUCCUCACUGGAAGUAAAGGUAAAUCCUAAAGCAAGUUCCAACACUUUAUUAAAAAAAAAAGAGAACGAAAUAGAACAACUUUAUAACAAUAUUGAGAAAGAAAAGUUACCACUUUAUUCUAUUUUGCAGAAAUUGCUCACUACGUCCGUCUGUUUUUAAUUAAUCUAUUCCAAAACACUCUUUCCUUUCUAUAAAAGUUCAUUACGUUUUCUAUUAAAACAGCCAUAUUAUUCUUUGAACCAAACAAACAAAGAAUAAACAGCAACUAUUCGUUGUCAACAAUUUUGUACAAGAACUCUCCUCUACCUUUGCAAAUUAUUUACCGUUCAGCCAAUUUAAAUAUCAAUUUACGGUCACGCAAGGAAUACAAUCAAUAUUUGGCAAUCAAAUGAAUUCGAAUGAUUCGAAAGAAUUAAUUGCGUGGGCCUUUAUUUUUUUAAAGAGGAUCGCGUUGCUUUCGAUUUUACCGCCGGUCGUGGGACAUCCUGUAUAUAGUCGCAACUCAUAAUUGAAGCGUGUAUAAGAGAGAGAGAGAGAGAGAGAGAGAGAGAGAGAGAGAGAGAGUGCUCGUCGUACUCAAAUGCCAUUAUGAAAAACACAAACCGGAGCUUUAAAAGGGAGCUACGAUCGAAAGGGAGCAUAUCCACUUGUUUUCUCACGAUUUGUAGUCGCGCGUAGAAAUUGAACAGCUGUAAAGAGCCGAUUAGAAAGAGAACGGUCGGUGACUAUAGUCGUAAUUAGCGGACGGCGAGGGUUCGUUGUGGGAAUUGCGUCGGUUCGUUAGACGGUUACCUAGUCAAUUUCUUUCUCAAUUUUUUAAAACGCGAAUUGUUACUCGACGCGAAGGUGAAGAAAAAGAGUCAUACCCGCUGCGGAAGAUUUGUUCCCGGUAAUUUAUUUUUUUAAGCCCGUUUAAGCGUAGUGAUUAUACGACUAUAGAACGAAAUCUUGUAGAGAGACAAAUUAAAGAAUUUAUUAAAAUUACAAAUACCUUCCCUUCUCGCCGCCCCCCCCCCCACCCCCCCCCUCUUUCAAAUAGGACAAUGCGAUGUAACGAGCGCUGCAUAAUUUAAAGUUAAUUAUAAGGAGAAGGGACGCAAAAAGUUUUCCUGUGAUCAAUCUCAGUAACGAUCUCUGCUAAAGAUAAAGAUUUUCAUGAAUUAACUGAAUUCUGCGUGAUAUGUGAUUAUCAUUUUGGCAACCUUGUUAUUUAUAUCUAUGCGGUCCUUGCUGUAAAAACGUUGGUUUCAUCUUACUUAAGACAAUUGGAACACCAAUCUUUCCAUCACCACGAUUUCAACUCGGGUUCACAAUUUUUGUAUAAAUUUAACACGUUGUAAAAAAGAAAAAAAAAAGGGUCGCCACGCCAUUUCCGUACUUCUCUCGCUUUUCUUUCGCGGAUAUGUCAUUAUGCCUUAAAUGCCAACAGAGCGGCUACUCCUAUAGCGAAUUUCUCAAGCCUCGCCGAUAGUUUAGAGUCGAGGGAACCGAACUCGAUUCAAGCUCAACCCCCUGUUAUCGUGAAAUCGAUGUUACUUAGAGGUGCUCAAAGAAGUGUGUACAAAACAUAAGAGAAACAGAAUAUAGAUAAACGACAUUAAAUUUGAUGGUAUAUUUAUUGAUAACGCGCGAGGCGAAUGCGGCGAAUAUACUUAGCGGUAGGAGCUCUAUCGGGCGUAGAAGUGGAAAAUAAAUGCGUUUCAUAGCCGAUGCUCUUGUGUAAAUAAUCCCUAUCUUACUCUUACCCCCUUUAAUCGCGGGAUUAUAGUGAUACGUAAGCUUCUAUAUCGCUAUACUGUACUAUUACGACGUGUAUGCAAUUGGUCGAGGGAAGGGCUCUCUCUUCGCAAAAACCUCGGUAUUGACACGCGCGCGAGCGUGUGGACUGUCUUUCAUUUCUCGGCUAAAAGAAAAAGAAAAAUACUCAUUUUCCCCGUAUGAACAUGACGAACAGUUCAAUCGGUUUCGCAUGGAGAUUUCGUCAUUCUUAUUUACGUUUCGUAUUCUCUAAAUCAGAAUCAGGGUUAUUAUUCGCUGACAAAUAGUGAAUAAUACUUCAGUGAUAUAACUAUGUCAAUCAGUGAUACAUGAGCUGACAAUACAUUGAUUUCGAUCAAUAAAUGUCCCUUUUUUAAUCGAAAUCAUUAAAAAAUAAAAACAGUGAACAGUCACUGAUAAUCACUGUUACAAGUAUAGCAAAUCAAUCAAGAUUUUACCGAUUCAGAUUUAGAGAGUAAGAUCUCUCUCGCUCAUUUGAAUAACAUUAAUUUGUAAGUUGAAAUUGCAUCCAAAGUUCAUCAUUUAACGAGAAGGAAACUUAUUUUAUCAAUGGCGGUCGCGCGCGCGAGCGAGAGCGAGAGCUCAAAGUUUUUGUCGCCAUUAGGUGCGGUGAUACAAGUAGAUAUAACGCACUGCAUUAUAAUGCGGGCGACGUAACGUGAGACCACUUAAAGUCACAUUUUUAAUACUACAUUAUGCAUUAGCGAAUAUUUAAUAAAACACCCUGGCAGGGCACGUAGAGCCCACGGGCAACUCCUAAUCGCCUAAUGUCGCUUAUGAUAAUUAGGGAUCGUUCUUACGGCACGUAGCAGCGCGGCGAGGAAAUAAAAGCGAACAGAGGAGGGCCCUUCCUCUCGUCCAAUCGAAACUUAAAUCCUCCUCUUUCGUACUUCCCGCUUCGAUCUGAAAACUUGGCUCCUAAAGAAAGCCUUCUCAUGGCGUGCUCGAGAAGUCGAGGUCAGAAUCAACGUCGAAACGUACUCUCUUCGUGGCACAGCAUAAACAACUCUUCUACUGCUAACAAAACUACAGACGUGCGCGAUACUUUCGUGCGACUGCGACGCGGUCGGCGGAGAUUCCUUUCACGCACGCACACUCGCGCUACAUGCAAGCGUACACACGGAAUGACACACCCACACAAAUGCACACACACACACACACACACGCACGAAGACACACACGCGGCAGUCCUCUCUUGACUCUACUGGUCCUUCUACUCUCCCAUCUCGAGUGUCCUUGCACCUCCAGUGGUUCUAAGGUCAGACGACCGGGCAAUUCCGGUCGAGUCGUCAUACGCCCUAAUUGGCAAGCUCGCCGCCGUGAAAAAUGACCGCGCGCGCGCGCUUUUCGCGCGUUCCCACGCCGGUUUUCCUGGAGGAUUUCUCUGGCUGGCUUCGCCGCGCGCGAUUUAUCGAACGCCGUUUAAUUACGUCGCGCACUUUUCGAGACCCCGGGCGAAAUACGCCACCGCCAAAUAUAGUACGUAUAUAUAUAGCUUUUUUUUUAUCAAACUGAUAUCAAACCAUCGUUUAAUUUCGCCGUAAUAUGAAUUAAAGCGAGUCUCCCCCAUCGGUCGCCUAUAAAACCCAACAUUGUUUUAAUCCACAUCGGGGCAAACUCGCGCCCGUGUCAUUUUGUUUUAAUCUACGUUUGAUUUAACUUUAAUUUAGCCCGCGCAGGUCGACCGUCAUUUCGCUCCAAUUUACCUUUGAUUUAAUUGCAAUAUCCGGCCGCGCCGCGCGCCUGACCGUCGUUUUAUUUCAAUUUAUCUUUGAUUUAAUUGCGAUUUCCGUCCACGCCGUUAUUCUGUGUUUUAACUCGCGAGCCGCGUAUUUAUUUGAACGCGCGUUUUCGUACCGCCGCGCCGCCCGUGAAAAUCCUCAUUUGUCAUGGCCCGGCCCCCGUCGAUACGCGCGUUUUCACAGAGAAAGAGAGAAACGCAAAAAAAAAAAAAUCAAAUUUACCGAAUAGAAUUCUCGUUCGAUCGAAAGUUGGCAAAAUUAUGCUUAAUGUAACAACAAUCGCGCGGCAUGUGUGUGGGACGCAAAUCGGAUCGAAACAAACUCAGACCCGCGGGGGUAAAAAAAAAAAAAUGGAGCGCGACAAUAAUCGGUCUCCGAGUAACGUCAAACUGUCGGAGGAGAGGCGGUAGACGUGCGUGAUUUUUUUUAAAUAAAAGUAAAUCCAAUUCGCGCGCGUGCGUCAAAUCAAUCCCUUCGUUGCAAUUGCACCACCGCUGAUUGACGCGCCGAUACAAACGCGUCUGUGCAAUCUGCACUAAUUGAGCGUAAUUUUCGGAAGAUACGCGACACGGGGCGCGCGUCCUGUCAAACCGGGAAAACGGAGAUCGCGCGAUACGCUCGCUAAACGACGGGCAAUCCGCCUGCCGCUUGCGCUUGCGUCGAUGACGGAUCGAACGCUCGUAAAUCGACACUCUCGCGACUGGAGCCCCACUUGUGCGUGACACGCGCCACGUGGAUGGGAAAGAAACUUUAUCGAGAGAUAAAAAAAAAAAAAUCAACAAUCCUUUCUUCGCCGUGCGACGUGUCUCGAUUAUUCAUCCGGGCGUUCGGCGAGGGCGCCGAAAAUUUUCCAAGACGGCGAGAACGGCCACACUGCUCUUUUCCUUCUUCCCUAUUCGGCCGACGCUCUCGGAUUCCGUAUCCAGAUCCUCGGAUCCUCUCACGGUGCAACGAAAUGAUUCUCCUCUCAGAUAAGAUACCCUGUGUUAGACACAGACCAGAUAAACGCGCGAUGUACUUUUGUAAUCCUUCCAACGAGGGCCUUGACAAUUUUUUAACCGUUUGUUAGUUGCCUUAGGCAUAAGCGAGAGGAAGUGUGUUGAAGAAAAAAAGCAAUUAAAGGAAAAAAAAAAAUAGGGAAACGGAACGUUCAAGGAGAGAUAACGCAAGAGACAACGGUCCUUGGAUCCGAAAUUACACGCUACUCUCUUUACUCUCAAUCGCGAUUAAGCGUGACCAGUUUUUACGGCACCGUUAGAUCGGUCGAAAGUCCAAACGAGGCUAAUUGGGCCGUUGCCCAAGCUUGUUAAACGAGAAUACAAAAAUCGUUAAUUACGGAACGUUUCAGAGUCGGUUGCACCGGCGCCUAACUAUGAUUAAGUGAAUAAUCCAUUUCACUAUUUCUAUCGCGGUAUCGUAAUCUGCGAUCUAAAAGAGAAGAUAACGUCUACCGGAGAUUAAUGAUGGGGACGACGACUUUUAAGCUGCGGAACCGCCGUGCGUAUGUUGAAUUUUUUGCCGAAAAUGAUAUAAUCGUACAAAAAAAAAACAAAAAAACAAAAACAAAAACCAAAAAAAACAGAACGGUGGGCGUUUUGUUCCUCCGAAGGAGGAAUCGAAUAUUUCAUACGAACACAGAGCACAAAUAUUCUAGUUACGGUGACCAAAUUACAACUAAAGUAAGCAGAUCUGACCUAGAGACUGUCGGAUUCUUCAUAGCGUAUAUCUCAAAAUCUCUCCCCCCCCCCUCUCCGCGUUUACUUGAAAAUACGGUAUCAAGCGCAAGACGAGCGCGCGUUAUAAAGUAAUUGCAUCUCGGAUCGUUAAUUAUGUUCUGCACUGUAAACCAAAGUGUUGUAGGAUAACAGCGUUAAUCACUUCACGGUUGUCUGCAGAUAUUGCCGCCGAGUUAGUUGGAAUAUGUCACAUCGGGGCGCUAAUGCACGUUACGUAAUUUACAUUGCAAUAUCGCUAUCAUCUAUCAGUGUCGUUAUAACGCGAUUAUCAUUUACGAUGACAUUUCGCAGGAUCGCAUGCAGCCGGACGGAAUCCCGACAAUAUUGAAAGGGAUGAAUGGAUCUGACUUUGGUUUGUAAGCGAGAAAACGCAUGUCAACGUUGAGGUCCAAUCUAAUUCGUAACGUAAUUGGGAACGCUUUACACUAAUAUGAUAUUUUAUUCAAGAAGUAUUAUUCAUGUAACAUUGUUAAUAUUGCAAUAUCUCGGUAUAUUCAAAAAUUAUCAUCGUAACAGUGUUGACGCGAGUGUCCUACAGCCUUUGGUACCGACGUAUAACAAUAAUUCCAUGCAACGUAUGCCAACAACGCUCAGCAAUAAAAUGAUACUACCGGAGUAUCGGGCAUCCCUGUAAGCAAAUGAAAUUCGCGUUGUACGCCCAGUAUUCCCGCACAGAAAAAAGAAAUUAAUAUCAAAUCAACAAUCAUUGUUUCAUAUAUAAGCAAAAAUAUAAAUCUUUUUCAAAAAAUUUAUAAUCUUAAACAGACACAAUUUGCUUACGUGAAGAGAAAAAUUUUCUUCAUGUAAGCAAAUUAUGUUAUAUAAAUUCUUCCGAGAAGAUUUGAUAUUCUUGCUUAUGAAACAAAGAUUGUUGAUUUGAUACUAAAUUUUUUUCGGUGCGGAUAUCCUAGACUCCUUUCCGUCGAUAAUAAAAUGCGCUUAACAGCACGACACUUAGAGAUCCAUGUGUUCAAACCCUAGUUUUAGCGUUAAGUACACGGCCAAGUAUAGCCAAAAUCGGGUUUUUCCUAUCAAGUAAAGAGAAAAAAAAAAUAUUGGCAGAGAUAACGAGAGUCGUCUCGCCUUUAUCGAGAGAAGUUAAAACCUUGGAAGAUGAGAAGCUUUAAUUUACGACUUCUAUUCGUCAAGCUAUUAAAAGCGCGUAAAAAAAAAAAAACAAAAAAAAAGAACAAACAAAAACCGUGACGACGAAUAUCCUGUGAAUAUCCUGUGUGAGUGUAUGCGUGUGCGUGUGCGCGUGUAUGUGCGAAUUAAAUUAUUACUUUCUCGAGUCAGAUCCGGAAGCUCAAGAGUUGACGAGAAAACGAGAAACCGACUUACAUACUUAAUUAUUCAGCAUCACCGAUUAAUCCUCAACGCGCCGAAGAUACGCUUUUGUCACCGCGAGAAAUAUAAUUCCCCGAUGAAGAGUGUCGGGCGCCUCGACGGGAUAACAGCGUAUACAGCUCAAUAAUAAGUUAUCCGGAAUAGAAAACGCCGGCGACGUGUCUCAUUUAUAAGGUACGCCGGAGAAAUUACACCGGAUUUACAGACGUAUAUCGCGGCGGCGAACCGUUACCUCAUACGACUAUUCGCCGGAACGGAAUAUUCGUGUCACGAUUGUGCAAACCUUCCUCGCGCUAAUUACACGCUCGUUAUGACACCGCGCCGCCACUUCCGACUUGGCGCGAUUUGCGUAUCGCGGCCGACGGACAUCGGCGAUUUGUGAGAGCGGAAAGCAAUCAGACUCGAUUUUCGCGCGUGUGCGGGAGAAAGCGAGAGCGAGCAUCUCGCGGAAAAAUCGAAAGUCGCGGCGACGAUGCCAAAGUGAUCGAAAUCGUCCACCGAUCGAUCAUUACGGAUCGAAUACGAAAGCGAGGGACGGUUUGUAUCGAGGGGAUUUGUAACGAGGAUGCGUUGUAACUGACGCGCGUUUACCGAUGCAUCAUGUGCAGUACGAGUAUCACGAUUACUUGAAACGUAUACAUGCGGACUCCCACACGUACACUCGAAUAUUACAACAUACAAUUGCAAUUGCGUACACACGUUCACACAUGUAUACAUAUAUAUUAAGACGACUCGACUGUAAAAGUAAUAUCGUUAAAUAACGUUAAUAUCAUUACAUUUUUAGCAUUGGUUUCCAGUCACGUCCCGCAUUUUCUUUCUGCCAUCGUAUAAUAAAUAUGUAUAUAAAUAUAUAAAUACAUAUAUAUAUAUAGACGAUACACAACAAUGUCACGAGUACUAGAAAGUAGCGAUAUAAAGGACUAUUUAAACGAAAUCAGCACUUAAAGCAUAAUGUAUAAGCAGCAAGAUGAAGUAAACUAUUAUAAAUAAUGUUAUACUGGCGAGAGCUGGGUCCCCAGUCGGGCCAAUAUUCGAUAAAUAUCGGCGUGAAGGUCUCGAAUUCACUUCUUUUUUUUUUUCCUUAGAUUAUUUCCGACACGUGCGAUACAUGCGUUUCGCGAUCAAACGGUCGGCUUCCGGUUCUACGUUCUUCCUUCAUUUUGUCGCUAGACAUGCCGCGAAUAUCAAUUCCUGCCCGUGCCGAUGCCUUUCCGAGUUUCAUUCGUUAACUGUACAUGCAAUCGCUGUUACCUACACGAGACUGCGAGCAACAUGUGCAGUGAGAAACAUCAAAUUUCUCUCGUACCAUUUUUUUGCAUUUCAAACUUCUUUUUACAUUAUUUUACAAUUUUAUGCUUAUUUAUUAAAAGUCCAUGGUAAUAAAAGGUUUCAUAAAUAGAUUGUCUAAUAAAAAUAAUUAAUAACAUUACGGAAAUAUUAUUAUCUUUUUCAUUCAAAUUAUUAAAGCUUAUUCCAUUGAAAUGAAAGUUCUCUUCCCCUUUUUUACUUAUAUUUAAUUUUAUACUGGUAAAACGACAAGAAUUUUAGAACAUUAAAAGAAUCAAGAAUUCUUAUAUGACUCAUAGAAUGACAGAACUGACGUUGUGCGUGAUUAAUGUAUCGACUCUUAAAAAGAUAUCGUGAUAUUCAAAGUUAAGAGAAACGGAAGCUAUUAUAUUUCAGACCCUAGUGGCAUGGAUAGAAUAUCGUUGUUACAUCGAUAAUGAUUGAAUAUCGAUAAGCAAAGUUGCACGCUAUACUUAUUACAUAUAAUAUCGUAUUAUGAACGUCGCGCUUUAAAAAUGACACACCAAACAAAGAAAAUUCUAAAUUAACUUGAUAUCCUUCUUAUAUUUCGAGUUUGAUUUUUCAGAUGGAAAUUUAUCGCAUGGAAAAACGCAAUUAAAAAAAAAAAAAAUAUCGGAAUUGACAGAUUAAAUUGCACUUUUGCCAUAGCGUGAGACUUAUCGCGCGAUUAACCGUACGAAAAGUUUUCUGGGAAACUGGGAAAGGCGUUGCACGAACAUGGAAAGCAAUUGAUCCGUAAAUAUUAUACGAGCUUCUGUCGGAACGUAUACGAGACUUACGAUAAAACACAUGGAAAACGGAAACAUCUUUUACGGUGGAUUAAGAUCCAAAAGUGCGUUCGUAAAAUCCAUUCAAGCACUUCUUUUCGUAUAGCGAAAGAAAGAAGCUUUAAGUAGAUAAUGGACGUUUAAGCCGGCCGGAGUUUCGACGCCGGAAACCGUAAAGUAUUUACGGAAGUUUUUUGGAGUUGUUUAUUUUCGCUACAAAAAAAAACAACAAAGAUAAAGAAAGAAAGCAAAGAAUAUAUCUUCCCUAUCGUUCCCGAACGGUUUGAUUAUUUUAAUUACGUAACUUUAUCGCGAAGUGAAUAUAUACUACGUGUAGUUUCCAACACAAACGCACCAACGAACACCAAAUGAAUUUUUUAUCGAGAGAAGUUUUUAUUUAACGCGCGCGAGUCCGCGCGAGGUUUAGUGCUUAGCGAGCAAUAGGAAACCGAGCGAACGACUUCGCGUCUUAACCCGAGAGCAAUAACGAAAUCAAUGCGGAAGAGAAAUUAAUUAGUCGAAUAGGGGCGAUACUCCUCGCGCGUCGGGGGUAUACGCGGCUGCAAUACUUGUUGAUCGCGGGUGUAGUGUCGGGUCAAUAAUAAUAAAAUAUUUGUUAAUGUCUCGGCUGUUUUCGAAUUCCUCCCGAUGAAUCAUGCCGAUGAGAAACGCAGAACACCCUUUUUGAUACUUCGGAACGCGCGAGCAAUUGAGAAACUUAUGGAUUUCAUCUCAUAUCUAGUAGGGCGAUCGUUAACGAUCGCGCUCGAGAAUCAGGGCAAAGCAAUACUCAAUCUAGCAUAAUUUUACGUGUAAAGUCCAAGUAAAUGUACAAAUGUUUGAGCCAAUCCAAGCGCGAAAUUUCGAUGUUCCCCUCUUUCGGAUUACUUUCGAUGCUCGUGAUUCGCGAUUAAUUCGACGGCGCCGAGAAAAGGGAAAGGAAAAGAGAAAGAGGAGAGAGAGAGGAGAAUCGCUAGAAAAUACACUGAGAAAAAAAGUUAACUCGACUAAAAUUUCCAACAUGAUUAAAUUUCUUCAACUGAAGUAUUUAUGUAUUUAAAUUAAAUAUAUAAAUGCUCAAAUCAAAGUUCAAGUAUUUUGUGUAUUUGAAUUAAAUGCAUAAAUAGUUGAACUGAAACAAUUUAACCGUGUUGAAAAUUUUAGUCAAGUUAACAACUUUUUUUUCUCAGCGUACGAAUCAAUAUAUACGCAAAGAUGUUAUAUUCUAACACAACGAUAUAACAGUUAAAAAAAAUCAAUUUUAAAUCUUACAUUUUACGAAAUCUCGUAAAUCGCAAAUUAUCUAAUAAAUGAUUCGCUCUUGCAGUAAAAUAAUAUUUGCAAUUUAUCAAGAAUACGGCAAAUAAGCAAGUACACACGUUUCUGCAAAUCUGAAUUUCAAAGUCCAAUAUAAAUUGCACGACAAAAUAAUUCGAGGAAUGCGACGCGCUGUGGAAUUGCCGUGUAAUCACGAAGCGGACGAAUUUUUCAUUGUUUUUGCGUUACGCGGAGAGAACGUGACGAAUGCGAUCGGGGGAAUCGAGAUCGAGAGAGGGAAAGAGACAGAGAAAGAGAGAGAGAAAAAAUCGCUCAAGGGUGAAAACGAGUCAAUAAUGAUAAAACUGAGUCAAUAAAACCUUUCGAGGACGAAACCGAGUCAAUAAAAUCUUAAUAAGCGACUAUAAUAGUGAUAUUAAGUACAAAGCGAGCGAAAGCAAGAACGAUUCGCGCAAACGGGCUAUGUAAGCGGCAAUUCCGAUCCCUCUCUCGCGGUAGUGCCCGAUCGAUUCCGCGCACGUUUGACGCAACGGAAAAAAAAUAAAAUAGAUAAAUAAAAAAAAGGAACGCGCGCGUUCACACUCGCGCCGCACUUUCGGGAUGCCUUAAGCGAAAUCUCGGUUUCGAAUGUGUCCGGGACUUGUCGGGGCGUUCAAUGUUAUAUAGUUAGACGGUUAGUAAGGCCGGUUCCUUGGAAAUUGUGAGGUGAUCACUUUUCGUACUUCGUGUCGUGGAAAUGUCUUCUACACCUGUCGUCGUUUACUGUGCUGUCCACUUUGUCUGUUAAACGCACUGUUACACGCGUGUUCUUCGUGUGCGUGCGCGCCUGUGUCGUCUGCGUGUAUGUUGAGCAUCGAACGGCUGUGGUGCUCGAUGUUAUCCGAAGAGCGCAUAAUUAAAAGGAACUAUGUCGGACUGCAUUUUCACGUCGUUAAAAUUGUACGCGUACACCGCCCCCUUCCCCCCGCCACCCUCUCUCUCUACGUGUGGGCGAGGUAACGCAUUUACUGAUCGAUAAUGAACGGCCUCUCUCAACUCACGCCGAAAUUGAUCGCGGCACCGUCAAACGAUAGAAUAAAUAAAUGACGAAAUCGAUACGGUCGGGAUUGUAUCCGCGCGGACGCACCAAAGAGAAUUGCAAUAUAUUUGUAAUUGAGUUACCUCGCGAUGACGCGCAAUCUGAAUUUGCAAUAACGAGGUCCUGUCGUCCGGUUCCACAAACAUAUACCGAAGCGAAUUUCAAGUGAGUAGUUAAUUGCGCAUUAAAACGUUCACACUGUCCAAUUUCUGAAAAUUUCCACUGAAAAAUUCGCUUAUUUCCAAAGGGAGCGUUAAUUCAACGCCUUAAAAAAAUAAAAAAUAAAAAUAAACUUUUUAGCUCGAAGCCAAAAACCGAUGUUCUAAUUUCGAUGUAUUCCGUAAUUUUGAAAUAUGGGAUAUAACGGAUUCAUUCGUUACCACUGCGUUUCUCGCUAGGCAGCGGCGCAGCGAUAAAUUCAACGAAAUAUUGUGCCAAUGGAAGAAAAAUGUAUUUUGAACGUGUGGAGCCGGACGGGAAAAAAACUCCCUCCCCCCCUUCUGUCUAUCGCAAUAUAACUUUAUCGACACGAGCCACUUCUUCCCCCUUUCAUCUUCUCGACGCUCUUUUCUCGUACUAUUGGAAGCUCGCAGAGUCCAUGUUAAUCCAAUUAAACGUGAUCUUAAAUCGUUGUUAGUGAUAAGGAACGGGAAGGUGAUACAACGAUUAAACGGAAGCAACAAAUUCUACAGAGUGAGUUUGUUCCCUGGUAUGGAGGGGACAAGAGAGUGAGAGGGAGAGAAAGGGAGAUAGUGAGAAAAUGAGAGUGAGACAAAAAGAGAGAGAAUGAUAGAGAAAAAAAAAAGAGAACAGAGAAAAAGUGCCUAUACGCCAGUAAAUUAUUGUUUAGCGUGUUUAACGCGUUUCAUACGAGUACGGUCAGUGUCAAUUACAGGUUUGAAGGAACUGAAGACAACGUUGAGACAAAAGCAAUAACACGGCUCCCCCUAAUAAAACGGCAAAUCAUCUCGGCUACGGUAACGCGAUUCUGAAUUAUUAUUCUUCUUGUUAUUGACGGCGAAAAAAUCAAUAGCUGCUUGUCGAACGGCAUGAGAACAAAUUUACUAAAAGUAACGAGAACGAUUUCCACACUCGUACGAAGGCGAUCCACUCGGUAAAUCUAGCCUCCUCCCGAUCUUUCAAGUGUUGGAUCGAUUUAUCAAAACUCAUCGGACGUGUAACAAUAGAAAAAAAAUGUAAUCCACAUAAUAAUUAUUGAUGCGGAUUUCUCCGUCUGCAUAUUUAUACAAUUACAUAAUUAUAUUUUACGUAACUUAUCGUAUGAGAUCGUCGGAAAGAUUUCUGAAUCGGAGACACCGCGUACUCUCGAUCGUCACUAUCCAAGUUCGCUUUCUCACAACUGCGCGCGUUUCACCGCCCGAUUACGAAAGAAUAGAUUAAGAUUGUAAAUUCAAUAAAAUAAAAGAAGAAUCCGUGCAAAUGGGGGGAGGAAUCCAACGCGCGCCUUCGGCGAAAUCGUCCUCGUUGAUUCGACGAUAGCGAAUAAAAACGGCCGCGACACUUUCAGGAUGUAUGUGAUAUCAGGUGAACCUUUUACCUUACCUAUAACGCAUAUAGAUAUUGAUAUUGUACGUAUUGUGAUAGUUACCCGUAAAAGCCCAGCAAAAGAAGAUUCGCCAGUCCGAACGAACCUACAUCCCUCUCCGCCCCAACCCCUCACCACCCCCCACCACCCCAUUCCGAGUACGACUGAUAUUUACAGGAUAUUGUUCCAAUUGGAUGCUCCCAAAGAAGCCGGGGUAUUCAAAAGCAAUAACUUCGUAGACGGUCGCGCGUCCUUGAUGAGGCGCGCGUCCGAUAUAAUAUUAAUUAAUAAUUAAAGAAAACGAGAGAAAGGAAGAGAGAAAGGGAGUGCGAGCGAACGAGAGUGCGAAAGAGAGAAAGAAAGAAAGAGAGAGAGAAAGAAUGGGACCGAGAAAUAGAUCGACAAAUUCUCAAUCCGCAAUAGUUUAAGCCUACCUAAGACGGCGCAGCCGAGCAACACGAUAAUUAUUUACGUACGCGCGCUUAAACGGUCGAAUUUAGCGGAACGUGCAAGACGGAAUGGAAAGGAUACGAGAGAGUAAACUAAUAAUAUAUCCGCGUAUAAGAAGCAGAACGAUUAAACGCUUGUAAACGAUGAAGAAAGCAUAGCGAGCCUAAGGAGCAUGAUUAGUAGGAGAUUAGGGAUUAAAAAGAGAGUAGAAUUAAAAAGUAGCGUCUAAUCGUGAAGAGCGUGUUACGAGCGUACGUAGGAUCCUCUGGUUUCGUGAAAAAAAUGAUGGAAACGAGUUGCACAUACAUACACACUCUCACACACACACACACACCCAGGCAAGAGAUGCCACGGAAAUUUCGCCACGGAAACGUGUACGAUGGGGGGAAAAAUACGGGAAGGAAUUACAAAAGAAGAAAAAAAGGGAAAGGAAAGCAGAGAAAAUGUGCGUAUGCGAGAGAAUGAGUGCUGGUAUGCUGUGCGUACGUGUGUGUGCGCGCACAGGUAUUUUGUAGCUUUUACGUAAGAGUGCAGUACACACGCAGAACAUAAAGUUAACUAUAUUUAUAGAAAUACGUUGACGGUUAUUACCGACGAAAUUAUAUCGAAUUAAUUAAUAGGACAGCGUGAUCACGUUAAUCACGGUUAAUCGCGUGCGCACGUGUGAACGGACAAGAGAGAGAGAGAGAGAGAGAGAGAGAGAGAGAGAGAGAGAGAAAGAAAGAGUGCGUACUUUAGCAGCUAUAUAGUGCAUUCGACAGCAAGUCGCAAAUUAAGAAUUACGACCAUUUACGGUUAUCAUUAUAUACAGAAAUGAUAACGGCGAAAAAUAUUAUUAUUAUUAUCAUUAUUAUUAUGAUUACGAUUAUUAUUAUUAUUAUUAUUAUUACCAACUACAUUAAUCACUAUUAUGAUUACUUAUUAAUUAGUAAUGAGGAAAAACUACCAAUAAAAUAUACCUUGCAUGAUUAGUAGGGCUAUACUGCCGCCGAAGCAAUACAAAGAGCAAUAUAGAGUUAAAAACGAGUAAUUAACGGCGUAAAGAUACUAAAGGUAAAUUAUAUUAUACCGAUAAUGAAAAAAAAAUUCGUAGAUGACACACACACACACACACAAAACACUUUACACGCAUGCAAACACAUUCGCGUAUGCUCACAUAUACGCACACCUUUACACAAGCACACACGCUUUCACGAUACAUACAUAAAACAUACAUGUACACGCACACACACACACACACACACAGUCAUACACGUAUAAUGUACACGUAUACACAGACAUUAUGUAUGGCCCUUAACUUAUUCUGACCGUAGUGCUAAUUGUACUUAGCAUUUACGUAGAUGACACUAAUUGCCUAGAUCGACCAGCCUGGCUGGCUAAUUAAUUAUUUGCCGAUCGAGACUACUUUCGACGGGAAUAACGUUGGCGCGUUUAGCACGUAGAGAGCGACGAUAAUAAACAUUCCAGACGAUUGUAUUUCGCCUCCGAGGUAGUGAUAUAGUUACUGUAGAUUGCUAAUGUAUUUCACUCGGUGCCUGUGACAGCUGGGAUCGCUAUCUGCGCUCUAUUAAGAACCUCGAGGUUCUUUUAAUUGAAACUGGGAGGAGUUGAAGGAUAAAAGAUAACCGACAUUUCGAGCACACUUGUGGGGGAAACUACUGUAUUCGCAUCGUGAUGGCAUUCGAUACUAACUAUUCAUUUUAUUCGUUCGAUCGUUCGAAUCGCUCUCUUGAGCCACAAAAAAGAAAGAAAAAUAUGGCUUUAUUCGCUCAUCUUAACAAACUUCGUUAACGACAGAAUUUUAGGAUUAGAUCAAGUCCAUUUUCUCGUUAUUUAUCAACAAAAAAAAAAAA